CUGACGUAGAUCUCUCUCUUUCUUCUCUCUCACGGAGGCUUCUUCCGUUUGGUGGACCCCCGCCUCUCCUCUCUCUCUCUCUCUUCCCUUCUCUCCUUCUCUCCCUCCGGAGAUUCAUAAACCCUCACAUCGACCGCCUCUCAGCCGCGCGCCACCGCUGUUGUCUGGCGUCGGUCACCGCCGCUUCCACCGUCUCGGUUCUCCGCCCGGCUCCCGCGACCGCGUCACCCUCCCCGUCCCCUCCGUCGGGCCCGCCGCCACCCUCCCCUUCUUGCCUCCCGACCCGGAGCCGUUUCUUGCGGAAGGAGGAGCACAGUUUUCUUCUUGUUAAUGGCUCAAGAUAGUUCCAUUGCUGAAUCACCUCGCAAAAAGCCAGGUCUUUUAAGAGAUCAGGUGCAGUUGGUAAAGCGAAAGGAUUGUGAUCGUUAUGAAGUUGUUCCAAUUCAAGAUUCAUUAUCUUUUGAAAAGGGUUUCUUUGUAGUAAUUCGUGCUUGCCAGUUGCUGGCCCAAAAGAAUGAUGGAAUUAUUUUGGUUGGUGUUGCUGGUCCCUCUGGGGCUGGGAAGACUGUAUUUACCGAGAAGGUGCUCAAUUUCAUGCCAAGCAUUGCACUUUUGUCGAUGGACAAUUAUAAUGACUCAAGUCGCAUCAUUGAUGGCAAUUUUGAUGACCCUCGCCUAACAGAUUAUGACACUUUGCUGGAAAACAUUCAUGGUCUGAAAGAAGGGAAGUCUGUUCAGGUGCCAGUAUAUGAUUUCAAGUCGAGCAGCCGCACAGGAUAUAGGACAGUGGAUGUUCCUAGCUCUCGAAUUGUAAUUAUUGAAGGAAUCUAUGCUUUAAGUGAAAGGUUGCGGCCUCUGCUAGACCUGCGAGUUUCUGUGACAGGCGGUGUACAUUUUGACCUUGUGAAACGGGUUCUAAGAGACAUCCAACGUGCUGGCCAAGAACCUGAAGAAAUAAUUCAACAAAUCUCUGAAACGGUGUAUCCAAUGUACAAGGCCUUUAUUGAACCAGAUCUUCAAACUGCACAUAUAAAAAUCAUCAACAAGUUUAAUCCAUUCACAGGCUUCCAGAAUCCAACUUAUAUUCUAAAGUCAUCAAGGAUAUUAUCAGUGGAUCAAAUCAAGGCUGUUGUUUCCAAAGAACACAAAGAAAGUAUGGAGGAGACUUAUGAUAUAUAUUUACUGCCACCAGGUGAAGAUCCAGAAGCUUGCCAAUCAUAUCUAAGAAUGCGAAACAGGGAUGGGAAAUAUAAUCUUAUGUUUGAGGAAUGGGUUACAGAUAAUCCCUUCAUCAUAUCACCUAGGAUUACUUUUGAAGUUAGUGUGCGCCUUCUUGGUGGGUUGAUGGCCUUGGGAUACAGCAUUGCGGCUAUUCUGAAAAGAAGCAGCCAUGUAUUUUCUGAUGAUAGGGUCACUGUGAAGAUUGAUUGGUUAGAACAGCUUAAUCGACGUUAUAUUCAGGUGCAAGGAAGAGAUCGACUGUUUGUCAAGUAUGUAGCGGAGCAGCUGGGCUUGGAUGGUUCAUACAUUCCCCGCACUUAUAUUGAGCAGAUUCAACUAGAAAAGCUUGUGAAUGAAGUUAUGGCAUUACCAGAUGAUUUGAAGACCAAGCUUAGCAUAGAUGAAGAUCUGGUUUCUAGUCCCAAAGAAGCACUUUCCCGAGCCUCUGCUGACAGGGUUGCCAUGAGAAAUAAGCAUUUGAAGAGUGGUUUAUCACAUUCCUAUUCAACACAGAGGGACAAAAAUCUAUCUAAGCUUACCAGGCUUGCAAUCACCAGCAGAACAUUUGAUGGACGAACCCCUGAAUCACCUGCAAUCAACCAGGGUGUGAUUACUCAGCUGUCAGAACAGAUUUCAACUCUAAAUGAAAGGAUGGAUGAAUUUACCUCCCGAGUUGAAGAAUUGAAUUCUAAAUUCAGUGCACCGAAACCUUCAAUGAGCCAACAAAACCUCUCUGAAACCUGUAAUGGCUCUGCACCCACAUCUUUAUUCAUGUCUGGCUUGGGGAAUGGUACCUUGUUACCCAAUUCGUCAUCAUCCUCUCAACUGAGUAAAGAUUCUCCAUUGAUGGAAGAGCUCAUACUCAUCACCAGAGGCCAGCGUCAGAUCAUGCAUCAGUUGGACAAUCUCUCCAACCUGGUUCAUGAGCGCUUGACAAAGUUGACCUGUCAAGAAAGAACUAAUGACAGAUUUAGAGUGACAGAUUUGGAUUUGAUUGCAAAUCCACUUAUCCUCAUGAUGGCAAUAGGUGGCAUCGGAAUUUUUGUAUUCAAGAGUCUGUAUCAGAAAUGAGUCAACUGAAGCCUGCAGUACCAUUCCUCUCCCACCAGAAACUCUUUUUUUCUAUUAAAAAAAAAAAUCGGCACAACUGUGUAGGCAGCUUAUCAUGACAUCUGAUUGACGGUAUGCAGUCAGGCAAAUCCUAUUGUGAUCCUCCCACGGCGGCUUAAUGUAGAGUCAACAUUGCAGAUUUUGGAGAGCAAGUACAGCCCUAUAUGGUUGUUACAGUCUUUUUAAGAAGGCCAUAUUUGACUUUGUAUAUUAGGAGAUAAUAAUUCUCAAACUCAAAAAUAAUGCUGUGAUAAAGUCCACCAGCUCCCUUUUUUUCUA